GGGCGGCAAAGAUGGCGGCGGAGGAUCCGGGCUGCGGGGAGGAGGAGCGGUUGGAUUUCCUGAAGGAGCGGCACGUGCGCUUCUUCCAGCGCUGCCUGCAGAUCCUGCCCGAGAGAUACUCGUCCCUGGAGACCAGCAGUAAUCUUUGGAGUGUGGACAAAAUGUUAUUCCUAGUUUAGCAAUGGGAAUGCUGAAUCAAAGGCUGUGACUUGUUCAGGACCACUGGAGAACUAAAUGUGACUACAAAGAUGAAAACUCAGAUUCUGGAUUCCAUGAUGAAACCACAAGACAACAAUUACGUUGACAAUUGCGUUUUUCGCACUCUCUGGUCUGGAUAUGUUGGAUUCCUUAGAUGUGGUGAACAAAGAUGAUAUAAUAGAAUGGAUUUAUUCCCUGCAGGUCCUGCCCACAGAAGACAGAUCAAAUUUAAAUCACUGUGGAUUCAGAGGAUCUUCAUAUUUGGGGUUGCCAUUCAAUCCAUCCAAGGGUCCUGGUAUAUCUCAUCCCUAUGACAGUGGACACAUAGCAAUGACAUACACUGGACUAUCAUGCUUGGUUAUUCUUGGAGAUGACUUGAGUCGAGUAAAUAAAGAUGCCUGCUUGGCAGGACUGAGAGCUCUCCAACUGGAAGAUGGAAGUUUCUGUGCUGUGCUUGAGGGUAGCGAGAAUGACAUGAGAUUUGUAUACUGUGCUUCCUGUAUUUGCUACAUGCUGAACAACUGGUCAGGCAUGGAUAUGAAGAAAGCAAUAGAAUAUAUUAGAAGAAGUAUGUCCUAUGAUAAUGGUCUGGCACAGGGAGCUGGUCUUGAAUCUCAUGGUGGUUCCACAUUCUGUGGUAUUGCUUCACUGUGCUUGAUGGGUAAAUUGGAGGAAGUCUUUUCAGAAAAAGAACUGAACAGAAUCAAAAGAUGGUGCAUAAUGAGGCAACAGAAUGGCUAUCAUGGACGACCCAACAAACCUGUAGACACCUGCUACUCAUUUUGGGUAGGAGCAACACUUAAGCUCUUGAAAAUAUUCCAAUAUACAAAUUUUGAGAGAAACAGAAAUUACAUCUUAUCUACUCAAGAUCGUCUUGUUGGUGGAUUUGCCAAGUGGCCAGAUAGCCACCCAGAUGCUUUGCAUGCAUAUUUUGGGAUCUGUGGCCUGUCAUUAAUGGAGGAAUCAGGCAUUUGCAAAGUUCAUCCUGCCCUGAAUGUAAGCACAAGAACCUCUGAGCGCCUUCAGCACCUCCAUCAGAUCUGGAAAACUAAGGACUCCAAACAGUGUUCAGAUGAUGUGCACAUCUCUACAUGACUGAUUUAGACUCAAGCUUCAUUUGGUAGCAUAACUGUAGCCAAGGGUGAAAAGCCAUGUAUAGCCAAUGUGCUCUUUUUAAGUGCUGGGGUCAUACAGUCAAAUUCAUGUUUUUGGCAUCACUUUGAUAGUGAAUGGCCUUUAGCCAGGUAUUCUUCUCUUGGGUAAAAGGAAAUUUCAGUUAUGUAGAAGUUUGCCUCUGCAGACUCUUGAGACGGCUUGUACUCCUAAGAAAUCCCUUGAGACAAAUGGUUUUCAUUUGUAUUUUAUUUUUUUAAAUUUGUGCAUACUGUGUCAAAGUUUAUAAUGGGGAAAGUGUCUUCAAAAAUCUGUUUACAUAUUAUCAUACAGUAUAGCACUGACGUUCAGAUUUCUUAAUGACCGUAAUGCUUCACACACAUUUGGAUAGAGAAUCUCCUAUGUGAAGUCUCAAUUGAAAGUAGAUGUCAGCUUCCAUAACCUUUGUAAACAACAAAUAAAAUUAUUUUAUUCAAUAUAGACAGGAUUCCUAAAGUUGUGUGGCGUUAUUACAUUAAUUCCAUAAUCCCCUCAUAAUGCUCAAAUUAGGCAGAUGUAAUAGUUUGAUAUGAAGUAUUUAUCACCUUAAUGGGAUUUUAAUUAGAUUUUUAGGGCAUACCAUAUUAAUAAUGAGAGAAGUUGUCAGCAGAAUCCUGAGGUAAAGGUACCAUCUGGCAAGGUGCCAUCACAGAGGAUUUCUGAAAUAGCAUGUCAGAAAUGCUGGUAGCAUUAUAUACCACUCAGUUACAUCUUAAUUUCUUUCAAACUAUUUCUCCCCUUCUAUAUCAAAGAAAAAAGUUCUGAUUCUCUUUUAAAUGUCUGACUAUGAAGAGCACAAAGUUGUAUUUUAAAAGCACUGUUUGAUGCUUUUUUUUAAAUAGCUUUAUUCCAAAUAGUUCAAUAAAUUUUCAUCUGUUUCAUUUUCAUCAGUUUGCCAGUGUAAUCUCUAGUUGUAUCAGAAUUGAGAGGUGCAGUUGAGGUGCCGUUCUGAGUUCAAGCAAAUAAUUUUCUAGCCAUUGAGCAUGUGACAAAUCACAGUUGCUUAAAUUUCAUAAACAUAGGGUAGGGAUACAUGAUACACCUAGCCUCACUAUAAGGUUGUUGACCUGCAAAUCAAAAAGCCACAAAUUGUCAUUUAAAAACAGAUUUC